AUGUCCUUUCACUUGAAACGCAAUUUGACAAUUUUUGUACUGCUCUUUAUUGUGGUACAGUUUGUGAAGUGCCAGGACGACACGCCUCCAGAAUCUGAAGAAGAGGAAGAUGAUUCUUCAUCCGAGGAAACUGUGGAAGAUUCAAAUGAAUCGGGUAAUCGGCGACGACGUCGUCGUUCUAUGGAAGUUAUGGGUCAACCGGUACCGAAAAGUCAAGAAGUCGACACGAAACCAGCUCGUGCCAUACCUGGACUACCAGAUCCCGCAAUGAUUUUAAAAAUUGCUGAAAUUCUGACCACAGUUGGACAAGAAAUUCUACCCGUUUUGGUACAAGGUAAUACAGCCGUUGAUUCUCUGGUUGAUAAUCACGUUGAGAAUGAAAUGAAAAUUGUUAAAAAUAUUAAAAAUCAAAUCGAUGCGAUUGCAAAGAAUUUGAAUAGAAAAUAA